AUGCGCCACUGCGGAGAAAGACGAAGAAGAAGAAGAAGAAUGAAGACUGCUGAGAAGAAGCAGAGCAAGAAACAUGGGGCGCGAAAGGCCUCACCUGGACCUUCAACAGGCCAUUCGCCGAACCGUUCUCCUGGCCCUUCAGACAGACGUUCAGCCGGUCAAUCACCAAACGUUUUAACGGGUGCUUCACCAAUCGGCUCGACGAGUCCUUUCGCGAACCGAUUUACGAACCGAUUCGAUCGGAAUCGCGGCCAACCUGCACAAAAAGAGGCCUCUCGUACUGGUAGCCGGAAGCGAAAGCCCCAGAAGCAGCGCGAAUACAAGAUCGAAGACCAACCGAAGAUUGACGUUGCUGAGGUUGCUGAGGAAGACACCAGAUCCCCUAGUCCUGCAAGUAUUAGAACAGAAAAGAAGUCAAUAUCUUUGAGCCGGACCAUAAUUGUGAUCUGCGUCGUAACCGCCGUGUUCCUCCUCCUACUGUCUCUAGUCUUCAGCGGCACUUUUAAGCGACUUUUCUACAGCGAAGGUCAUACCGGUUGCCGGAGCAGCCAGUGCCUUGAGGCUUACGACCUCUUCCAGACGAUGCGCAGUAAUAACAUCUCGGCAUGCAAGGAUUUCUACCAAUAUUCCUGUGGCGGGUGGCACGCCACAGGGUCGAACCAGUCGUCGGCCAUGGAGAUGCUAGAACGCAUGCUCUCGGACUCUCUCAACCGGACGUUUUAUCUGAAGGCCCUCGAGGUUUCGCAGAAGAACCGCUCUUACAACGUUCUUACCUUUUACAAGUCUUGCUACGCAUUUUUCAGCGUGGAACGCACUUUUAAGGAACUGCGAGAAGGCCUCUUACCGCGCUUGAACUUGUCCUUGGAGAAGUCAAUGAAAGAUCCCUUGUCCAUCUUCAAUGAAGCCGUGCACAUGACACUGUCGAGAGGAAUUGAUACCUUCUUUUCCAUCUCGAUUGUACAGAGCGAUGGCAAGUAUCUAGUUGUGAUUACGCCUGGAAAAUCGCUGGAACGGAAACUCCUUAAUGACGCCGAAUCAGGGGAUCGCUCCCAUUUCAAGCAAUACAUGCACGAUUUCAUGGCGACAAUCGACCCUGGGGUGCUCGACGGCAAGACGCGAACCCAGAUCAUGCUCCUCGACGAGAAGUUCGGCAAUAUAACGAAGUCAUCCGGAAGUGUUGUCACAAGGAGGGUUACUGUAGGAAGGUUACCCACUGUUCCCGAGAUGAUGACGGAGGACAGCUGGCUUGAAGCGUUGCGUCGCAACCAGCCAACGAAGAAUCUUGAAGAGGACAGUACCGUUGCCGUGGACGACAUGGAAAUUGUCCAGGAGAUCACUGAGUUUCUGUUCUCCGGUAAUACGUCGUAUAUGUCUCUCUACCUAAUGAUGCAAGCGACGGGGACUUUCCUAAAGCUCCACUUCAACGCCCAUGUCGCUCCGCAGCAUCUCUGCACCAUGUUGUCGUGCCAAGCCUUUACUGCUGACUUCACGGUCCUGGCUGCUAAGGAGCACAUUGGGGAAUCUAGGACAAAACAUUUCCAUUUCUUUUUUAACAACGCUCGCAACCAACUUCUCAGAAGCCUGUCUACAGGGAACUGGCUUGACAAUGGCACCCUGUAUGGUGCUGCCACUCGAAUGAAAGCCAUCGCCUUAAAGACCCCUGCUUUUGAGGCAGAAGCGUUGUCGUCAGGUGUACCUGUUAUGAAGCCGGAUUUCUUCAGCAAUUAUGUCGCCAUGUUAAAAUAUAGGAAGGAACAAGACAAUAGGCACCCUAAAACUGAUGAUGAAAGAGACAAUGACGAGAAUGAACCCCAGUGCAACGUCUUGUUAGGAAGCGCUGCCAUAUUUCAUGAUGAGAAGAAGGAGAUAAUAGUGCCCAUACUUUUCAUGAUGCCGCCUUUGUACUUCGACGUUGAUGGGGAUGACUUCAUAAACUAUUCGAUCGUAGGCAGAAACCUUGUUGAACUCCUUACGAUGUCCUUUAUCGGAGGAGGAGAUGAAGAUCCUCCUUGGUGGUCAAAUCAGGUAUCGUCAGCAUUCUACGACAACACGCUGUGUUAUGGACGUCAAUUUACGACUCUUCUUGGGAACGCCGUGGGAAUGACCGCCUACGUGAGGAAACGACUCUAUGCGUCACUUCGAGCGGUGUCCCAGGCAGCGGCCUCGCUGGGAGAUAUCUUCGACGAAAAAGAACGGCAGUUGUUCUUCGGACGUGUUUGCCAAACCCGUUGCCGACGAGUCUUUGACGCUGAACCGGCGCCGAUCCCUGCCAGGCCUGUGUGCCACUUCGCCGUUCAGAACGUCCCACUUUUCUUCGAUACCUUUAAGUGCGCUGCAAACGACACGAUGAGACCUCAGAUAACCUGCAAACCUAUGUGAUGUAAUAAUGUAUGACGCUGCGCAAAUGGCGUUUGUGGAGUACGCUGAAAUUUAUUUAUUUAUUUAUUUAUUUUAUUUCAAAAACACAACAUUUUAGUUCAAAUGUUUAUAUAUUGCACGGAAAUCGAAGUCUGUGGGCAUAGAUAUGAAAUAAACAAGCUCGAACGAC